AUGUUGGCUUUGGUGUUUUUCACUCUUUUGGUAUUGACCUCAACGGAGGUUGAUGCUAAGUUCAAGAGUCUUCACUGUACUGCGCUUGACCAAGAUUUUGGUGAAUUUUUGCUUUGCAAACUUAAUGCAAUCAGUCGGCUUAGGAACUCAAUCUCUGUGCAAUACAAGCUAAAGCAGCCCGUUAGCAAAUUAUUCAUUCGCUUAGAGUUCUUCAAAAGAGCAAAUGGCUGGCGACCCUUUCUCUAUAAUUUCACCGCAAAUCUGUGUGACUUUCUUGCUCGUAACAAUAACGUGAUAAUAAGUAUUGGGUACGCCUACCUAAGUCCAUAUCUUGCCAAGAACUACUCGUGUCCCCUCAAGGUAAUUGAAAACGAACUAUUGGAAUGCAAAAACUUCGAAAUGGAUAUUAAUAAUCUACGCAAUCGAUUUCCGGUCGAGACAGGUCAAUACGCUCUGCAGUUAACAUUUUUUGCAAAGAAUAAAGCCGCCUUAACAAUAAAUGGAUCCAUCGAGUACAACAAUUACAGAGAACACUGA